AUGGAUCCAGAGAAUUUUGGCCCCGCUGGAGAAGACAUGAGCUCCGAAUCAGCCUGCUUCCGGUGCUCCACGUGUCACACUGACGAAGAAUGGAGCUGCGCCAGCUCCAUGCGGGGUCGGGCGAAGACACGCAGCUUGUCUGCUUCUCCGGCCUUAGGCAGCACCAAAGAAUUCAGGAGGACACGCUCCUUGCAUGGACCAUGCCCCGUAACCACGUUCGGACCAAAAGCCUGCAUGCUGCAGAACCCCCAAACAAUCAUGCACAUACAAGACCCAGCAAGCCAGCGGUUGACGUGGAACAAACCUCCCAAGAGCGUCCUUGUUAUCAAAAAAAUCCGCGACGCCAGUCUCCUGCAACCCUUCAAAGACCUCUGCAUAUAUCUCUCCGAGGUGAACAACAUGAUCGUUUAUGUAGAGAAAAAGGUGCUGGAAGACCCGGCCAUCGCAAAUGACGACAGUUUUGGACCAGUGAAGAAAAAGUUUUGCACUUUCAGCGAAGAUUAUGACGAUAUCUCCAAUCAGAUAGAUUUCAUCAUUUGCCUGGGAGGCGACGGGACCCUGCUGUAUGCUUCUUCGCUCUUUCCGGGCAGUGUGCCUCCGGUCAUGGCUUUCCACCUGGGGUCGCUUGGAUUUCUUACCCCGUUCAAUUUUGAGAACUUUCAGUCUCAAGUCACUCAGGUUAUAGAAGGCAACGCAGCACUUGUUCUCCGAAGUAGGCUUAAAGUGAAAGUUGUCAAGGAACACCGAGAGAAGAAAAUGAUGAUCCAGAACGGGAUUGAAGAAAAUGGAGUAAUGUCUCCAAGCCUAGAGAAGGAAAUGUUCAAGGACAUCAUGCAAUAUCAGGUCCUGAAUGAAGUUGUGGUGGAUCGGGGCCCUUCAUCGUAUCUUUCCAACGUGGAUGUCUUCCUAGACGGGCAUCUUAUCACCACAGUGCAAGGGGAUGGAGUCAUCGUCUCCACCCCGACGGGUAGCACAGCAUACGCCGCUGCCGCAGGGGCCUCGAUGAUCCACCCAAAUGUUCCGGCGAUCAUGAUCACCCCCAUCUGCCCGCAUUCGCUCUCCUUCCGGCCCAUUGUGGUUCCAGCCGGAGUUGAACUGAAGAUCAUGCUGUCUCCUGAAGCCAGGAACACCGCAUGGGUUUCGUUCGAUGGGCGGAAGAGGCAGGAAAUCUGCCACGGCGACAGCAUCAACAUCACUACCUCUUGCUACCCCCUCCCUUCGAUCUGUUUCCAAGACCCCGUGAGCGACUGGUUCGAAAGCCUCGCAGAAUGUUUGCACUGGAACGUCCGGAAGAAGCAAAAUAACUUUGCCAUUGAUGAGGAAGAAGAGUUUUGAGCCUUGGCGCUG